CGAAUUCUUUACCCAUUGCGUAUGGCGAACCAGGUAACUAUGUGACCAACAUUAGCAUUCACUUCAGUGCAACAUCACAAUAAAGCCGUCAUCAGCAUAGGGAAAGCAAAAGGCACUCAUUCACUCACUCACUCACUCUUCUCCGCUGGGGAAUCUCGUCUCCACCUGCUGUCGUCCCCGCCGGAGAUCCACCAUGGCCGCCGGCAACUCCUCAUCUCCCUCCCCCUCCGUAUUUUCUCACGAGAUUUUGAAUUUCUCCCCCGAUUCCCCCACCCCAAUCUCUCUCACUCCCGACCAGCUCAAGCACUGCACCCAAGCGCUCUCCUUGUUCAAGCAGAAGCUCCUCAAUCCUCACACCAUCUCCCAAGAGUUCGCUUACUUGCAGACGAACAGGUUUACACCGAGUCAGAUGAAGAGGAGUUGCAACGUUGCUCUUGAUCCUGUCAAUUCCAGCAAGAAUCGAUACACUGAUGUGAUCCCAUUUGAUAAGAACAGGGUUGUUCUGAAAUCAAGCACUGAUUAUAGGCCUGCAGCAUUGGGGUAUAUCAAUGCAAGCUUUGUCUCGACAUCUUCCCCUGGAGUUGUAGCAUCCCAGUUUAUAGCCACACAAGGCCCGCUGCCGCACACUUAUGAGGAUUUCUGGGAAAUGGUUAUCCAAUAUCACUGCCCUGCAAUUGUGAUGCUUACUAGGUUGGUCGACAAUUACAAGAUGGUAAAGUGUGGAGAUUACUUUCAAUCUGAGGAUGGACCUAGAGAAUUUGGAAAUAUCUCUGUUAACUGUAAAUGGGCGAAAACCACUGAAGCUUCGUUGGUGCUGCGCCAUUUAGAGGUGAACCGUAGCGAGGGUGAAGGUGCACCAUUAUCUGUUUUGCAUAUUCAGUAUCCUGAAUGGCCUGACCAUGGAGUUCCGAAAGAUACAUCUGCUGUGCGUGAAAUUUUGAAAAGAUUAUACAAUUUACCACCAAACCUUGGCCCAAUAGUGGUGCACUGCAGUGCAGGUAUUGGUAGAACUGGAACAUACUGCACCAUUCACAACGCUAUUCAGAGAAUACUAGCUGGGGAUAUGUCUGCUGUAGAUAUUGCAAACACAGUAGCUAUGUUCAGGUCCCAGCGUAUCGGAAUGGUACAGACUCAGGAACAGUAUAUUUUCUGCUAUGAAGCUAUCAUGGAUGAACUGGAAGACCUUGUAUCUCAACAGCACUGAGAGUAGAAGGCUUGAUAAUUGCUGUCCAGUGCUGGACCAAAGGAUGCUAAGCUUCUGGCCUCAUAUUGAAGCCAACUUUCAAUUCUUCCGUUUUCAAUUUAGGUCCUGCAAUGCUUAUGUCUCCCGGCAGCUGAGUCUGACAGAACUCAUGUUAUUCUCAAGCUUUCAUGUAAAAUUGCAGGCAGGGGAAAGCUAAAAAUAUCAGCAUCAUUUUCAUUUAUAUUUUACUAGAAUUAUGUUGGACGUAAUGACUACAAUAAUGUAAAGUCCAUUGUCCUACCUUAGGCUUUAUAGUGCAUAAAAGCCAUUAACGACCUCUAAUGAAUUUGAAUAUUCCACUCCCACCUGUUGUUGAUGUUGAAGAUGUAAUGUUGGGGAUGAGAUGGCCAUCUCAUUUCCGUUCCUCAA